CGGAUCUGGCACCCCUAUCAACUGCUCUAUUAUAGGAAUUGAUAAGCGUAGAACGAGUGGAGGAUCAUACUUCAUUCAGAUUAUAUCCAUUGUCAUUGCACUUAGUACAGACACAAUCGAUCCGCCGUUCUUACCGGUGAGGACCUACUUAAUAUGAUCUUUAUCCAGCACCCCGUUUGAUGAAUCCAUCCCCUCCUUCAGGUACAUCCGAAUUUUCAAGUGCAGAGGCGCCGACCUACACUCUAAAAAACUACCAAUGGCAGGAUGACGUAGCAACAGGCGGCCAUCCAAUAGAAGGGCAGUUUUCACAGUACUAGUGCUAUCGAAUGAUCUACUGUUAUCUAAGAUUUACAGAUUAAUACUGAGAUCAAUAAUCUUAAUCCACUCUAGUAUGAUUAAAUCUAAUAUCUCAGGGAGGAGCAAGUAGGAGCUUUUAUUUCUUGUUCUUCUUACUUUUACUUAACUUGUUGCUCUAGCUCUUGCUUCACUCACUCGAGUGGCCACUAUGUAUUAAAUUAGUUUCUGCAAGUCGACCUCCACAUCAAGCUGAAACAGGUAUCCCCCUUCUGGUUUCCUGGUAGACUUCCCAUUGUAUCAAACGGAGACGCACACGCUGAUACACGACUUGUGGAAUUUUGGGUGGUUAGACUCGGGGACACGCGCAGUAGUGAUAGAGUUCAAUUUUCUGAACACAAACAUCAACAUCGUAGUGAACAACCGCAUGCUCUUCGAAUUCGCACCAACGGGGAAUGUGGUGUUAAGGCAUGAAGUCGAUGCGUAUCCCGUGUGGCAGCUGGAGUUUAUGAUAGCGGGUAUUAAGUCUGCUAAAAAUGGUGCUGCUAGUUUCAAAAAUUUUAUACGGAGACGCAAACUUCUACACUUGCUGACGUGAACAAUGGUUCCGGUAUUUGGUAACCUGAGUUUGAUCAUAAGGGAAAACAAGAAGAGAACCCCAUUGCAACAGCUAUCGUGCUUCACUGAACACCAACACUGGUGAGCAACCAAAAGGCAUCCUCAUGAUCCUCUCUUCUGCUCAGGUGACCAAGCCUUAGCCGCGUUUGUUUACACGGUCUUGCUUGCGAUUUUGCUCGUAUAUCAAGUGUGGAACAUAUCGUGGCACAUGAAACAGUGCGGUUUGAAGUUUUUCACCUAUGGGUGGAACUAUAUAGACAUCGCCUCCGUGGUGCUGUGGAUUAUCCACUUUUCUUUCCGUAUUACCGCGUACACGAACAUCAGCAGCGAGGUGAACUUAGCGCCGGCACGAGUGGGGCAUCCAGAGUACUUCAUGCCGUUCUCGAGGGCAGUGGUGAACCCUCUACACUCCGCGAGAACGUGUCUGAGUUUCUUGUCGCUCACGGUGUGGUUUAAAACCUUGAAGUACUUAAGGCAAGCGAGGACUCAUAUUGAAUAGAUGGAUAUUCAUCUUACCUACGAGGUCGAGGCAUUUCUUUUACAUUCACGUGCUUUCAAGGCGAAACUCAAUCAUGAUUAUAUAUAUGCGCUCGUCCAACUCCAAAUUGCAGAUGAAUAUCAGUAUCAAGGUCUAAAAUGCUGCUGCAUCUUCAAUGGUUUCCGGACACUGGUUCGGGUACAGGGCAGGGCACUAGGGAACCUGGUCAACUUUUCCUUGGUGGUCCUCGUCAUCUUUUUUGCCUUCGCGAUCUCAUUCUACAUGGGAUUCCAGAGUACGGAUCAGAGGUACUCGUCCUGUAGUUGCAUGAUUAUUUGACUUAUAUAGUUUGUUACUAUAAGUACUUCUUUCUCACUUAAAAAUAGAUACAACUUCGUUUGACUACAACUAGGUCAUCUUCGAGGCUGUUCUGGUAUUCACAGACCCUGAAAGGAUAAGACAGGAGCCCCAACAAGAACAAGUUUUUCCCUUCUUGCUACUCCAUGGGAUCCAUGCACUCCAUGCCAUGCGAGCCGUGAAACCUUAUAAACUGCUCUGUAAUAUCUUUCUUGUCCAUGCCUACAACUUUCACCUCCACUUCUAAUAACAAGAAAAUAAACCAUAACCAUCCGCGUCCACCAGGUUUACCGACAUGUGGGGUAGUUUUUUGAUUUUGUUUUUUUACCUCGUCGGUGGUUUCGAGCUCAACCUCUACGAUUGGUUCCAGCCAGGUGCAGACAUUAUCCGACCAUUGAUCUUUCUCCUCUACCUGUUGCUGACUUACUUUUAUGGCUCCUGCUGGGAUGAAUGAGAAUGUUGACAAUGACGUACUAUUUUUGAUGUUUAUUCUCCGUUUAGUGUUCCAUAAUGCUCGUUUGUUCCCUGGACCCUCCCUCUAAUAUCAGCUAUCUCUUACAAGAAUCCCUGUACUCAUGAUCACCCACGCCCUCCCAUCCUCAUCUAUCGCCAUUAGUCCUCCACUACAUCCUCAAGAAGUACAUGAUCAAGAUUCCUCUCUAAAAGCUUAUCCUGGUGAACGUGUACAUGGCAAUGGUUCUGGAUGCGUAUACUAUGGUCGUCGUCAUCCGCAAAGCACAGUCCACGUUGCCAAGAAAAGUCGGACAGUCAGAGGACAACAAGAACUUCAUGCUCACUUUUCUCUAUGUCUACUACCACUACGUGCGUGGCAUAGAUCUCGUUGGCGAAGAGGAAAAGAAAGAGGAGGACCUAGAGUACGAGUUCAUAGACUUAGAGGACCUGCCAGGAGUAGUCGCGAAGAAGUGGCUAAUGAAAAAGAGACGGAUGAUGGAGACGGUGGCUAGAGUAAAUGGAGAAGAACUGCCCGCACAAAGGAAUUGGGAGAAGGAGGACGAAGAGCAGGAGGUACGACUAGGACUACUUAGGGCUUAGGACACUCCUGACUACUUGAUAGGGCUACUUAGGGCUUAGGACAGUCCUCAUCAUCAUGCUGAAGAUGAAAGCGAUCUCAGAAGAACUUAUAGACUUUUAGAAGAUACUUACACAUCUGAAGAUAAUUACUUCUUGCACAUCUUCGAAAUCCAAACAUCAGAAUGCUGAUGACGAUUACUUCGAUGAGAAUGGUAACUACGUGCCACCAGCAAGGGACCAAAUACAGCAAGAGCCGCCAUCACUAACCGGCAACUUGUCGAAGGGCUUUGUGCGUGUUAGGGUAUUGGAAUUUUUCUUGAUGUCAGGAAUGAAAACAAAGAUUUGAUGAACUUUUUUUGGUCCGGUAUCAAUCUUUGUCGAUAGUAUACCUAGACUUUUUCUAUUUGAAUCUCUGAUCUACCAUCUCAAUCUCCAGGAAAAAAUAGUCGGUGCCCUGAUGCCAGCAUCACAGAAAGCGCUCCAUAUGGUCAGAGAAAUUCCGAAGACGACGAAGCCUGCACUCACCACCAAAGGAAUGUACAUAGACAAUCCUGAUGCUAUGGGUGGAGCGCUUGGACGACCACAAUUACAGUUAUGCCUUCGGAGACAAAACACUGAACAAUAGUCUAUUCAUGUUAGAACUCUCGCAAGGUAGUUGUCGAUCAUAGAAAUAGAAAUAUCUUGCAGCUGUUGUUGUUGACGAUGAUUUUCUUUCUCUUGAGCGACUUGAAAAGCUACCAUUUGUCCCGAGAACAAUCUACCACAAACAGAGCUCGAUCUACUUCUCAAUAGAUCAAAGCGUCCCGCCUCUAAUCUUGCGUCUCCUAGACGAAGAUAAGGCCCUCAGAAUAUUACUCGGAACCGCUGAUGCUUUAGCAGUUAUCAAGCGGUUCAAGUAUAUCCCGAAUGAAGACGACACUAUGCGAGCCAUGAGGGCUAUGGAGGAGGGCCAAAAUGGUCUCAAUAGCUUCGACGAAGAUGCAGAGGGUGACGGCUUCGACGAAACAGAGAAUGAGACAAUAAACCAACUGCAGGAGGUGGUGUUUUCCAGACUAGACAAGCUGGAAAAAUCGUCUUUAGAUGUGGACGUAGUGGAAGUGCCGCAGAUAAAGUACAUCUACAUCUUAGUACGAUUUCAUUUUCAACAUUAUCUGUUUCAUCAUGUAGUUAUGCCUAUCAAUUAAGGCUCAACUUUCAGUGGUCAUUGGGGUUGGUCACUGAGAUCGAAGAGGCGACCCCUUGAGGAAAGAUGGGGGGAAAACGAAGGGAAAGGGGAGAGCCUUGGAGGAAUCUCUUCCGUUCAGAGUCAGUGACCAAUGUAUGAAUGUUGAGCUUUAAUUCAAGAACAUUAUCUGUUUCAUCAUGUAGUUGUGCCUAAUAUCAUUUACUUACAACUACUCACUAAGUGGUCUUGAGCUUCUUGGUUCAUCUUCGUUCCACCCCCUCACUCAGGUUCCUCACCAUGCAGUUAGCGGAUCUUCUUUCGGACGUGCAAAAUUGCUGGCGAGAAGGCAUAAUAGCGGUCUUAGAAAGCGCCAAUCUCAUUUCUGGUUCUCUCCUUCAGUUCACAAAAAACGUGGAGGAGUGCAGUAGUAACCAUAAUCUCAUUAUGGAGAAGCUGUGCGUGGAUGAGGAGAGCUCAGCACCGGAAGGAGAAGGGGAGGACGACUUGUUCUAGAAGUACUUAGUAGAAGAAGGGCUUUAUUUUUAGCUUAUCCUACACCUACGCCUCCACUGAAAAUAAAUCCGACAAGAACUUCUAGAAGUAUAGUUUGAAGAACUAGCACCCUAAGCCACUAAAAACCCUGACCCACUGGACAAGAUGAACUAUCAAGAACUACAACCUCCCAACCUCUGAGCCCCUUUCUUCCCCUUACCUCCUGAGCCCGACCCUCGACCCUUCCCCUAUAAGAAAAUGCGCCGUUCUACUACUGCAUGUUGCACGAGACCACCUCUCUUUUAAUUUGUUUGCUUCUCUUGAAUUCACAAGAAAUUAGAAUAAGAAUUGUACUAACUUUUUCAUUUCCCUUUUGUGUCUAGUACUAUCUGAGUCCAUUUAUGUUUAUCCACCUUUCUGAAUAACGCAUUACGUCACCACCUGAAGCUGAAGUUGCUGUAAGUUGUGCAACUACUUACAUUAGCUGAAAGCAGAAUGGAAGAACAGAGCCGAUCAUGAUUUAUACAUCAAAAUAUCCUAUAGAAUCUAUCCAGUACUAUCGGAGUUUAUCGAGUUACUCACAGACUUGUUUUCUAAUUUCACUAGCCUACUAGUGCUAAAAACGAACUUCACCAGAAUAUGCAACUAAAGAACAUUACUGUUUUGUUCGCUACUAAUGAACCUUUUUUCUGAGCUAAUGCUAAUGCACUUCUACUUGAACAAUCUUCUGAACAGUUGUCGCAUCAAAAGAGUAUCCCUCUUAUUCGAAAAAAACAGUUGUCGAAAAACAGAGCGUUUACAACAAGGUACUCCUUGUGAAUGAGCGUCUACAAUGAUUUAGAGUACAUCACCACAACUCCACCUUCUAGCAGCAGCAGAAAAUACCACUUCGUGUUGUUCUGAUCUGCCUUUCAU